GAAAAAGUUAAUACUCAAGAAGCCAAACGGAGGGACCACGAUGUUUGAAGUUCAAGCAACCAUACCUGAGACAUUUCAAAUUAAGGUGCUAUCAAUAACAGGUCAGAAGUUCAGGAUAAAUGUGUGUGCACCUGAUCCAGUAUUAGCUGUCUUAAUAACUCUUGGAAACUACCUACAUCUUCCACCGAAAAAUUUACAGCUGGUCUUCAAAUACAACACCUACACCUCCUUGAGCAGCCAUCACAGAACAAUUAUAUCUUAUGGAGUUCGACCAGGUGAUACUCUCCAUCUACAAUUGACGUCGAUAAAAAGUGGCCCGAUCUGCUUUGUUCCAUCAGCUUCGGCUCCGCCUGAAGAAACCCAACAAGCUGAGAGUGACGAUAUGAAGCUAAAAGAUGAAUCAGUGCCCACAGUGGCUUGGUCCGAUACACCCGCUGCUAAGCUUGUUUCUGCUGUUUCACUAAAAAGACGUCAUGAAAACCAGCAGCUGAGGAAACGUAUGAGCGAAAUUAGGUCAAAGUUGGAAAGGAGAAAAUGCUUGCGACGUGCGUCAAUAGGUACCAACUGAUGUACUUUGCAGCUCUGUGCAAGAAAAAUAUGGCGCGAAAUUAGGUCAAAGAUGGAAAGAAGAAAAUCAGCAGACAGUUAUUCUUGUGCAUAUCAGUGCUCUUAUCCAACGGCAAAAAUCAAUUCAAAGAUAUU